AUGUCUUCCAACCCGAGCUCCCAGAGCCAGAACGACAUCAAAUUCACUAUCCGUGUAUCAAUCGAGGAACCUUCCGAGCCCAUGUCUCUCCCCUACGACGAAAUGGACGUCGACAACGAAUACGACUCCAGCAGCGUCCAUUCCGCCGACGACAAGAGCCACGGCACAGAAGAAUCCCAAACCUCGCGAACCCCUUCACCAGAAAUCGACCCGGAAAGCUACGCGACCUGGGGCCGCGAGCACUUCGGCGAAGAAUGGUAUCGCCAGCGUAGUAUCAUGCUCAACGAGCGCAACAUCUUCAUGAGCCCGGACCCGGUGUACAAGCAACGACAAAGCGCGCUACGGAUGCUGGAACGGCAAAUCGAAGGACGCACCUUCAUGCUCCCCCACGGCAGUGACGGUGAAACUCGUCUUCUACCCACCACCUCCUUCGCAACCGCAUCUCCAUCCCCAAUGCGUCUCGACGACACCUCCCCCGACACCUCCACUGACACCGACACCGCAAGCGAGACCUCAUCCUCCUCUUCCCCUUCCCCUCCCCCACCCUCCCCACACCAACGUCUCGAACACUACCGCCAGCGUCUACAAUGGGACGAUCUAGAAUACCACAUCGAAGCCGCGCUCCUCGAAGAAUCCCUCAUCGACCUAACGCGCAGCAAGCGCGACGACGCAGAGGGGGAUAGGCGGCGGGAGUGGGAGCUCGAGGCGAUGCACAGCAUGCAGAAAGAAUCGUGGGAGUACCAGCGGCAGAAACAGCGGUUCCGGCUCCGCGCGCUGGGAUGGUCGCCUGAGCGGAUCGAGGCGAAGGAGAGGGAGGAUUGGGAAUGGGUUGAGGAGGAGCGGAGGGGGGAUGAGGAGAGGGAGGACGAGGUUUCGAUUCCGUCGGAGGAGGAUAGUGAUGAGGAUCGUAUUUCUUAG